CGCCCCGCCGCAGCCUGAAGGCCCCGCCCCGUAUGCUAAUAUGCUCCCUCUCCCACAAGGCAGCGCGCCGGCUUGGACGCCGCCGGCUACCGAGCCCUUUGUGAGGGCUGUGAGCUGCGCCUGACGGUGGCACCAUGAGCGGCUCAGGUGGGGCGCCCGGGGCGUCCGCCAGCUCUGCGCCGCCCGCGCAGGAAGAGGGCAUGACGUGGUGGUACCGCUGGCUGUGUCGCCUGUCUGGGGUGCUGGGGGCAGUCUCUUGCGCGAUCUCUGGCCUCUUCAACUGCAUCACCAUCCACCCUCUGAACAUCGCGGCUGGCGUGUGGAUGAUCAUGAAUGCCUUCAUCUUGUUGCUGUGUGAGGCGCCCUUCUGUUGCCAGUUCAUCGAGUUUGCAAACACAGUGGCGGAGAAGGUGGACCGGCUGCGCUCCUGGCAGAAGGCUGUCUUCUACUGCGGGAUGGCGGUCGUUCCCAUUGUCAUCAGCCUGACCCUGACCACGCUGCUGGGCAACGCCAUCGCCUUUGCUACGGGGGUGCUGUACGGACUCUCUGCUCUGGGCAAAAAGGGCGAUGCGAUCUCCUACGCCAGGAUCCAGCAGCAGAGGCAGCAGGCGGAUGAGGAGAAGCUCGCGGAGACCCUGGAGGGGGAGCUGUGAAGGGCUGGGCGCCCCUCCCUCCCUGUCCCCUCUUCUGGCUCUGUGUGGGUCCAAGUGAGGCCUGGACUGUCCACGCUGAGGCACAGCCUGGAGAGGGGCCUUUGCACGUGUCCCUACACCUGGAGUCCUCUGCUCCUUUCUCCAGACUGGCUUAAGCCAGGAGCCACUGGCUGCUGGUGUGAGGGUCUGGCCUGCUGGACUUGAGGCAGAGCCUGCAGCAGCUGUGUGGACACCACCCGGCCCUGCUUCUCUGCCGGGUGGGUCUGCAGACCUCACACCACAGACAGGGCUGCCAGUGACCUGCCGUGACCUGGGAGCAGCUUCCCCUGGAGAUGCUGGUCCUGGCUUGAGGGGAGGGGCAAGUGGGACCCUGCCACCUGGGCACUGAGCAGAGGGACCUCCCCCAGCUCUCCUAGCAGGUGGAGCCCCAGGGCCUGGGACAGCCUGCCGCUGCCAGCAACCUCCCACUGCUGCCUAGGGUGCAGCGCCCACUGUCACCCUGCCUUCUGAAGAAGCCCAUAGGGCUCCUAAGGUGCACCCCGGUACCUGGAACUGCAGCCUUGGCAGUGACUGGACAGCUGGGUGGGGGAUGCUCCCUGCUGGCCCUGGGAACCUUGGACAGGCCACCUCAAGGCCCCUUGGCUGCCCCUCCUCCCUGGGCCUGCUGGGGCCCCUAGGUUCUGCCCAUCACCCCCCGCCCCUGCUGGCCUUGGUGCUAAGGAAGUGGGGAGAGAAGGCUCUCCCUGGCACCCCUGAGGGUGCCCACCCUCUCCCUGGUGUGGCCCCGUCACGUCAGCCACAGCCCAGCCCCAUUAGUGGGUUAGUGGGUCUGACCUCAGCCCCACUCAGGUGCUCCUGCUGGCCUGCUCAAGCCCUGCCCUCAGGGAGCUUCUGCCUUUUAAGAACUGGGCAGAGGCCAUAGUCACCUCCCCACACAGAGCUGUCCCCACUGCCCUGGGUGCCAGGCUGUCCGGAGCCAGGCCUACCCAGGGAGGAUGCAGAGAGCUGGUGCCCAGGAUGUGCAUCCCCGUAUUCCCUCUGCCCCGUGGCCUCAGCCCGCUGGCCUCUCUGACCGUGAGGCUGGCUCUCAGCCAUCGGGCAGGUGCCUGGUCGGGCCUGACUUAGCCCAGGUGGGGCUUGGCAGAAGCGGGCGGGUGGGGAAGAUAUUCCAUCUGGGGCCGACCCCAGGCUGGGCCUGCGCUGAGCUUCUGGAGCGCAGGUACUGGGUCUUGCUAAGUGAACUGUUUCCCAGGAACACCUCUCGGGCCCAUCUGCGUCUGAGGCUGGGAGUGGCAUCUGAGGCCAGGAGUGGCAGGCUGGUGGGCUGGGCGUGGGGUUCUCUGGGCCCUGCCCAGUACUGCCCUGGGGACUUGGUGGGCUCCUGGGUCAGCAGCAUCCCACCCCUGGGAGUCUGGCCAGCUGAGCCCCAGGGUGGCAGGGGCAUUAUAGCCUGGUGGACAUGUGCCUUCAGGGUUCCUCCGGGGCCACCUUCCUCAGGCCAGUGCUGGGUUCAAAGGGCUGUGUGUGUGUGUGUGUGUGUAUGUAUAUGUGUGUGCGUGCACACAUCUGUCCCACGUAUGCAGUGAGACCUGUCUACCUCCCACAAGGAGCAAGGGCUCUGCCCGCCCUCUGCUCAUUCCUACCCAGGUAGUGGGACCCCGGGCCCCCUUCUGCCUGGCUUGCCUGCUGCUGCCCCUGCCAGAGGGGUCUCACUGACAGCCAGAGACAGCAGGAGAAGGGUUGGCUGUGAAUCAAGGAAGGCUGCCCCUGUGCCCUGUGGGGAAAUGGUGGGUGCAUGGCUGGAUGCAGAGGUGGAAGGCCCUGGGCCACAGGUGAGAGUGGGCGGGUUACCUGUCCCAGGUUCCCAGCAAGUCUGCAGCUGUGCAGUCCUGGGGCCCCUGACCCUGUCGCCCAGGGGGGCGCGCUGUCCAGCAGGGGCCCUGCCUUGCAAGGAACGUCUCUUCCGGCGGCCGGGCCGCUCCUGCCUGGUCUGGGCUGUGUGUGGCGCCCUUUCCUCUUUGUCUGUUCCUCUGUGUUCUGUGUGCGUCUUGAGCAAUAAAGCGCGGCCGUGGCUCGCGAGCCUGCCUUCUGCUCC